UUUGUCUGUAAAUCUGCUUGCCUCAAUUGGCCAACAUUUACGCUUUUUGGGGUGUCCUUUAUACGCCAAAGAGUAAUCGUGAUCCAUAAUAACAAUACAAAAGAUGCUGACUACGUCCCAGAUGCUGUUUAAUCACUUCUGCAUUUGCGUGUUGCCGUAGUUUCUAAAACCGGACACUGAGUAGUGCGGAGCAGCGGAUAUUAAGUCACUGAUAUGCGACAAAUACAAUGGAGACAAGGGACGGGCCAAUAUUUUAAAUCGGAAUUUCUCUGGAAUUGCACAUUCUUGGGAAAAUUUGGGAUAAAUUAAGCACAAACCUGCAUGAAAUAUAUCACACUGUGCAAGUGAUAUUUUCGAUAUUUCAUAACACCAUUAUUACAUUUUGUGCCUUUAAUCGACAUUGAGUCCGAGCCUGCAGGUCUAAUCCUCACCACCAGAGGACGCUCUUUCCUACAUCAAAAACAUUUCAUUUACUUGCCACCUGUUAAUUAUUGUAUUGGGGACAAAUUUGUGCGCAAAACGCAGUGUUGUAAUGUAACGAAGUAAAAAUACUUAAGUAAUUUACAUAAGUUUUUUUUUGUGUAUCUGUACUAUUGAGUCUUUAUAUUUCUGCAGACUUUUACUGAACAGUGCUGAACCAUCAUUGGUUAAUGCUCAAUGUGCAAGUGCAAAAAGGUGCCCUCUGCGGUUCAUUUCAACAUAAGGUUGUUAUUUGCUGCUUUUAAAGAUAAACAGCACAUUUUUCAGUUUCAAUGAAUUAUCAAAUGACUGGUUUGUUUGCGAGGAAAGAAAGAAGUAAGGGCCAGACAGAUUUUGUUUCAAAUGGUUCUCUUAGAGUUAUUAUAUUUGGGUUGGGAGGGAACUACACUUUUAUAAAGUCCUAAUUUAUUAAGUAAAGUUUACUAGAUGUGGUUUCUGAACUUGUAUUUUGUUGAGCCAUUUGGCAACAUGUUGUUCCAGAUAAGCUGAGCUUGAGACAGAGCUUUUUCAAAGUUGUAAAUUUCUAUGUAUAGUAAGCACCAUUUUUUAUCUUCAUGCUAAAAAACGUUUGCUUGAAUUUUACUUUAAAUUCUUGAGCAUAUUUCAUUUAAAAGUAGCCCUCUUUUGAUACUGAAGAACAAUAUUGAUCUGUUACUUUAAGACUUUUACUCAAGUCAUAUUCUAAAAGGUUACCUUUCCUUCGACCAAAGUAAUUUUCUGGCAAGAUAUUUUUUACUUUUACUCCCGUAUUGCUUUGGUACUUUAUACAUCACUGCUCAAAUGUAACCUUAAUCCAACUGAUUUUUCUAUUGGGAAGAUUUAUAAUGCACCGUAUUGAAGAUCUGUGUAUAGCUAAAUAAAGAAUGUUUUCUUGGGUUUAGACAUUAAAAUGUAUUAUUCAAUUUUGUCCCAGUUUUAAAAUCAAAAUGUGUUCGAGACCACAUUUAGCGAAUAAAACAUACAUUUUGCUGUGUUUUUGCUUGUGCAACAUCUCCUCCCACCUCCUGUAGGCAGACACAUCUGAAUGACUCAACAAAGAUGCUCAUUAACAUCUGAAUGCUGCUUUAACAAACACUGAUGAAAACAAGGAUGACUUCAUAUUCAAUUUUUAUUACAUUCAGGAUUUUGCAGAAUUGGCUGCUUAGUGACUAGGACUUAUUGGCAUUGUGUGCAGAAGCUGAGGAUGUUUUUACCCGCAGAAUUUAAACAGUAUGUCUUGCUUCUAGAAUGAUCUCCAUUACAUCUUUCCUCCAUUACUCCAUUAUCUUAAUUCACCAUUAUCAAACUACAAUGGACACCGUUGUCUACAUCAUUAUUAUUCUCCUGGGCACCACUGGGAACUCUGUGGUCAUCAAUGUGGCCGGCUUCCGUAUGAAACCCAACGUCACCAACGUAUGGCUGGUUAACCUGGCCAUAGCUGACCUGAUCUUCUGCUUAACACGAGUGACUUCACUUGUCAGUGUUGUGGUUGACUACUGGCCUUUUGGAGACUUUCUCUGCAAGUUAACUGGCUUAUUCAAAUAUACCAACAUGUUCUGCAGUGUUUUCCUGCUGGCUGUUAUCAGUGUGGAUCGAGUGCUCUGCGUGUGGCGUCCGGUGUUCAUGAGGAAGACACGGACGUUGUGUGCUGCUCGUGUGAUCAGUUUGUGGGUUUGGAUUGUGGCGAUUAUCUUCAGUUCGCCGUAUUUUGUGUAUCGCGGGCUCUACACUAAAAAUAACAACUUGAGCCAAUGCUCAUUUAAGGUAAGUGUAAAAGAAGAAGAGGAAGAAGGCAGAGAAAAUUCUGCUAAGUAUGUUUACUUCUACCUUCGUUUCAUAUGUGGAUUUCUGGUACCUUUCCUGGUGAUCUUUACCUGUUACACACUAGCAGCUAUUGGGAUACGCAGGACGCGACUCACUGGGAAAGCGAAACCUCUUCGGAUUCUUGCCUUAGUGGUUUUUGCCUUUUUCUUCUGUUGGUUCCCAUACCACAUCCUAGGUCUUGUUAAGCUAAUGGAUAAAAAACACUGGUCUGUACAGUUAGGAUGGCGCAUGGCUUCAAACUUAGCAUAUUUCAACAGCUGCGUGAACCCAGUGCUGUACUUCUGUAUGGGUCUGGAUCUCAGUCAACGGUGCAAUCAAAGUCUGUUAGCCGUUUUUCACAGAGCUCUUACAGAAGAAGGUCAAACUCUGUCCCAGAAAGGCACUGUGGAUGAAAGGUUGAAUUCUGUUCCAAAGGCAGAUGAUGAAGUUCACCACACACCAGUUUCUGUGACUACGGAUUAAAAGCAUGACAUUUUUUAUCAAACAAGUGUGCACAUUGUGUCACUUUUCAUUUGCUGUCAAUGGUUGCUGAGCUAAAAUUCAAACGAAGCUUAUUACUCAAAGACAUAUCUCAUUAUUUAUCUCACUACAUACUGUAAAUGCUGUGUUCACAAAUUUUAGCUUUUAUACGUCAUUUUUUUACUAUAACAUAUGCAUGCAUGAUAUUUUUAGUAUGUCCUUUGCAAUUGUUUUCUAUAUAAUAAAUGGUCAACUGUUACUGUUACAUUGGUACAAAUUGUAAAACAUUUUAUCGUAAUCACAAGGCUAAACUAUUAAAUGACUUACAUUUUUAGUUUUAUUUUAGUGAACCCUCUUCUACACACCAUAUUUUUUCCUUUUUCUGUUUGAAACUACACAUUUAUGCAUUUGAUGUUUUAUCCAAAGUGACUGUACUUUCAGUGUAUACAAUUGUCCACUUGUUUCUGUUUUGUGUCCUGAAAUACAUAAAAAGUUUCAUUUGUAUUUUUUUUCUUAUCUUUUGGAAAAUGUAAACACAGAAAGACACACACAUACACACUAUUUACUACAAUGUUAAUCAUAUUUGACUGUAUAAUAAAGCU